AUGGGAAAUACCUGCGCAUCAACCUCUGCAAUCAAAGAACAACCUCAAGUGAUCAAAAUGUCAUCCGACGGAACCCAAGAAGUCAGUCUCAAGAAGCAACGCCCGGGUUGCACUGGGAUGUUCUGGCGUCCCGACCCCACGGGACAAGUCAAGUUGGCAUCCAACGACAAUUGGCCAAGAGAUGGAGCCAAAUUGCGGGGCAAGGUCGUCGAAGUCGAUGGCAAGAAAUGGAUGCUGGCGACUCAAGUGUUGCAAAAGGGAGGAAGCGAUUGGCUUCCGGCGCCAGCAGGAGCAGCCUUGCCGUUUGAGUACGACAACCAUUAUUACCUGGAAUAG